GUUAUAUAGUUUUAUAUACAGUUUGUAUUUAGUAGUGUUGUAUGCAAUGUAUGAUACGGUUCACACGUUUCAAUUGAAUCGCUAUUUAGUUAAUUUAUUUCAUUAUUUAUCAAAUUUAGUUCAUUUAAAUUUAAUUACUUUAUUAUUAGCCAAUUGUACGCCAAUUGUAUUGAUUUGACAGUAAUUUUGAUUGAUUUGUCGGCAAUUUUUAGCUUAGAUCAGCUCAUAAUAUGUCUGAAACUCAUAAUUGGGAAGAUGUGGACAACAAUUCCGGUGGAAACAAGAAAUUUGAUGACGAAGAUGAAGAUGACGACAUCAAAGACAAUUGGGAUGAUUCUGAAUCAGAAGAGGUGCCCAAAGAUGACACACAGACAAAGACUAUGCCCUUGAAGGAGAAGAAGUUAACUAAAUUACAGCAAAAGAUUAAGGAAAAAGAAGAAGAAGAAAGAAAAAAGAGAGAAGAGGCGAACAAACCGAAAACACCACAAGAAAUAAUAGAAGAAAAGUUACGAAUUCAAAAACUAGUAGAAGAAUCGGACCUUAGUUUGGCUGAAGAAGCGUUCGGUGCGGGAAACAGUGGAUCUGGUCUUAGCGUAAGUCUGAACACGAAAGAAGAUUGGGAUUCGUUUAGGAAAAGUUUAGUCGACAAACUGUCUAUCUAUGAGGCCUCACCCCAUUACGUCCACUUCUUGGAGAACUUGUUUCGCGAACUAUGCGUUUCUGUCGAAUCCGAUGACAUCAAAAAGUUGUCCGCAAGUCUAACGGCUCUUUAUAACGAAAAACUUAAGGCACAGAAGGCCGUAACAAAGGGUAAGAAGAAAGGAAAGGGACCGUCAGUUAAGGUAGAAACCAAUCCGACCGAUGCCUACGGAGAUGAAUACGAUGACUUCGAUGACUUCAUGUAAACUUGUUUUAUAAAAAAUGAAUUUUUAAAUAUAUUGCACAUAAUUAUACAUAAAAUUU